UGACUCUGUCCCUCAAGGGCAGUACUACUAGGAGUACUUACGUCGCAACCCACCCAGCCUGACUUACACCCCGACAGCACCCAUGGCCUCCCAACACCCGCCCAGCCAAGGCCUGGUCCUGGGCUACUCCUCGGCGCACCCCUUCUCGACGGUCUCGCUCACGGACCGGACGUCGGUGCAAGAGCUGCUGCGCACGCUGCUCGACCCGCUCGAGCCCUUCUUCUCGCCGCUCCAGGCGCGCGUGCGCUGCCCGGGGGCGACGGCGGUGCGCUUCGACCAGACGGCAUCCGAGGUCGAGGGCUUCUGCCGCCCGCUGUGGGGCCUGGCCUGUCUGCUGGCCGGCGGCGGCAGCUAUCGCGGCACGCAGUGGUGGAUCGACGGCAUCCGCGCCGGCACCGACCCGGACAGCCCGGAGUACUGGGGCUAUCCGAGGGACAAUGACCAGCGGAUGGUGGAGAUGUGUCCCCUGGGCUUUGCGCUGGCCGUGACGCCGCAGAUCUGGGCAGGGUUGAGUGAGCGCGAGAGGGGGAACGUGGAGGGGUGGUUGGGGAAUAGUAUUAAUGAGAAGAACAUGCCGAAUACGAACUGGCUCUGGUUCCGCGUGUUUGCGAACCUGGGCCUGAAGAAGAACGGCGGAAAGUUCUCGCAGGAGCGGCUGGAUGCGGAUAUCGAGCAUCUGAAUACCUUCUACCGCGGGGAGGGCUGGUCGAAUGACGGGCCCGAGGGGAUUCAUCAGAUGGACUACUACUCGUCCAGCUUUGCCAUCCACUUCCUCCAGCUGCUCUACGCCAAGCUCGCCGGGGAGGACGAGCCCGAGCGCGCGGCAGAGUUCAGGAGGCGGGCGCAGAUGGCGGCGCUUGAUCUGGCUCACUACUACGACGAGGAAGGACGGGCCAUCCCCUUCGGCCGCAGCGUCGGCUACCGCUUCGCCAUGGUCUCGUUCUGGGGCGCGCUCGCCUACGCCGACGUCGAGCUGCCGGCGCCGCUGACCUGGGGCAUGGUCAAGGGCAUCGUGAUGCGCCAUCUGCGCUGGUGGCAGACGCAGCACGACAUGUGGAGUUCCAGCGGCACCCUGACCAUUGGGUACUCGUACCCAAAUAUGUAUAUGGCCGAGAACUACAACAGCCCAGGGAGUCCGUACUGGGCCUGCCUGGCCUUCAUCUGCCUCGCCGUGCCGGAGACGCACCCCUUCUGGACGGCCCCGGAGGAGAACCACUGGGACGUGCUGCCCAAGGUCAAGGCGCUCCCGCACCCGGGACAUAUCAUGAGCAACCUCGGCGGCCACUGCAUGCUGCUCUCAUCGGGCCAGGCCUGCUCCUACCCGAUGAAGGGCACGCACGCCAAGUACGGCGCCUUCGCCUAUUCCUCCGCCUACGGCUACUCGGUGCCGCCGGGCCUCUUCACGCUCGAGCAGUAUGCGCUCGCCUCGCAGCUGGGCCUGUCCGACGACGGCGGGGAGUACUGGAAGACCCGGCGCCUCUCGGAAUCCUCCCUCCAGGCUCGCGGCGGCGUUCCCGUCCUGGUCUCGCGCUGGUCCCCCUUCCCGGACGUGCACGUCACAACCUACCUCAUCCCGCCCCAGCCCGCCACGCCCAACUGGCACCUCCGCGCCCACCACAUCCGUGCCGAGGGCCGCGACGUCAUGACCGCCGACGGGUCCUUUGCCAUCAGCAACCAGCGCCGCGCCGACGGGCGGUACCUCGAUCUCUACGACGAGGCGAAGUGCGAGGGCACGCGGCCCAAGCUGAUCGGGAACUAUGACCUGGCCACGCCCGAGGCGUGGGCCGAGGGCGCCGAGGGCGCCUUUGCUGUGUCGCUGAAGGCGGGCGCCGUGGGGAUCAAGGCGCUGGAGGGGAAGAGCGUGGCAAGAAGGAUGGCGAAUCUGGUGAAUGCGGACCCGAACUCGAAUCUGGUCGAGAGUCGCACGACGAUCCCGACCCUGCAGGGGACGGUGAAGAGGGGGGAGAGUGUGUGGUAUGUGACGGGCAUCUACGCCAAGCCGAGUGGGCCGGGCGUGAGGAAGGAGGAGUAUCUCAGCGGCUGGGAUCGAGCGCCCGAGAUUCCGGGUUGGUUGAAGGAGGAGAUGGAGGGUGCAAAGUGAGGGACGGGAAGGCUGUGGUUUGCUGAAAGGGGCAAACUCUAUGAGGCGUACGUGUUGAAAAUGAAGAGAACGGUAUGCUUUUUUCGGUUGGCUCAAGCGUUGAACGAGAAAGAGCACUGCAAUUUAAUCGUGGUAUAU